UGAUCUCUGCGUAGAUUUUGGACGUCUGAGGACUGGAGAGGCUCUUUGGCCACACAACCUGCCAAACAAAAUGCCUACUAACACUCCCUGUUACCGAGUUUUAUAAUGGCAAAUUUACCAGUUAUUCCUCGUGCAACUCCUCCCAGGGCCAGGGCCCAAGAGUAGCUUCUGUCUACCGUUAUGGUCUUACGGAGGAGAACGAAAAUAUUCAAGCCACCAUUCACAUUUUUUCUUCCCAGAAUCCAAUUGCAUUUGCAUUGGGUGUUUCUUUUCAAGUUCUUGCAAUGAUGCAAUAAGGCCGUGACACAUUAUCAAAACCGUCAAUAAAUGCGCCUUAUUCUGGACAUUGCUGAAGAAACCCACGUAGAGAUUCGAAGGAAUCGUCUUCGUUGCAGAGAUAUUGAUCUUUCUCUCUCCUUUCCUUGGGAAAACUUGUUCUGGUUCUCGCCAUGGCAGGAGGAGGAGGAGGGGAAGGGGGAAACUCCCACGCAAGGGAGCUCGACCAGACACCCACUUGGGCCGUUGCCACUGUUUGUGCCGUCAUCAUUAUUGUAUCUAUAGUUCUAGAAAAGGUUCUUCACAAGGUUGGAGAGUGGUUUACAAAAAGAAACAAGAUGGCUCUGUAUGAAGCUCUUGAGAAAGUUAAAGCUGAGCUGAUGGUUCUCGGUUUCAUUUCUUUGAUUCUAACAUUCGGUCAGAGCUACAUUUCCAGAAUAUGCAUUCCCUUAAAGUUUGCAAAUACAAUGUUGCCUUGCCCCAGUAUGAGCGAGGAGAUGGCCGAGGAGGCACAAGAGGGGGAGGGACAUCAUCGGAGGCUUUUAUGGAACGAACGCAGAUUCUUAGCUGGUGGCGGUGGUGGAGGUGUCAAAUGCAAACCAGGUUAUGAGCCGCUUAUCUCUCUGAACGGAUUACAUCAAUUGCACAUCUUCAUAUUCUUCUUAGCAGUCUUUCAUGUAAUAUACAGUGCAAUAACAAUGAUGCUUGGAAGAUUGAAGAUUCGUGGAUGGAAAGAAUGGGAAAGGGGAACUUCAUCGCUUGACUAUGAAUUUUCCAAUGAUCCAUCAAGAUUCAGGCUUACUCAUGAGACAUCUUUCGUGAGAGCUCAUACCAGCUUCUGGCUUAAGACUCCAGUCUUCUUUACCUUUGCUUGCUUUUUCCGACAAUUUUUCAGGUCUGUUCGUAGGGCUGACUAUUUGACUAUGCGCCAUGGAUUCAUCACGGUUCAUUUGGCUCCAGGAAGUAAGUUUGACUUCCAAAAGUAUAUUAAAAGGUCUCUAGAAGAUGAUUUCAAGGUAGUUGUGGGAAUCAGUCCUGUGCUCUGGGGUUCGGUUUGUUUCUUUUUGCUGCUUAAUGUUGAAAGAUGGCACGCAUUGUUCUGGGAUUCUAUAAUUCCUGUAGUUGUAAUCUUCGCAGUUGGAACAAAGCUUCAAUCAAUCAUAAUACAAAUGGCUCUUGAAAUCCAAGAAAGACAUGCAGUGGUUCAGGGAAUUCCUCUUGUCAAAGUCAGCGACAAGCACUUUUGGUUUGGCAGGCCUAAGUUAGUUCUGUUUCUUAUCCAUUUCGUUCUAUUUCAGAAUGCAUUCCAAAUAACACAUAUCUUGUGGAUAUGGUAUGAGUUUGGGAUACAAUCCUGCUUCCAUGAGAACUCAAAGCUUGUAAUUGUAAGAAUUGCUCUAGGGCUCGGAGUCCAGGUUAUGUGCAGUUACAUUACCCUACCUCUAUAUGCCCUCGUAACUCAGAUGGGAUCAACUAUGAAGAAAUCUAUAUUCGAUGAGCAGACAAACAAGGCACUUAAGAAGUGGCACAUGACGGCCGUAAAGAAGAAGAAUGAGGUGAAGACUGGAAGGUCCCCUAAUGCAUCACCUGUGCAGUCCCCGAAUUCCCGCAAUAGGACCACUGGGCGCUCCCCAUACUCGGAUCAAGAAUUACGUAACAUGGAACCUGAACCAUCACCCAAACCAUCAGCAGCCAACCUGAUUGCUGAUGUGGACAAUGGUCGUCCAUGGUCUGGAACAAAUGAACAGCAGCACCGUAAUGAAGAUGGCUCCCCCUUUGCCAAGGUUGACCUACUAAGUUGAAAAUGAUGAUAAUGACAAUAUUGUGUUGUCAUGGUUCGACCUGCGUCAGAGUUUUUUGUAUUGGUAUCAGUUUUCUAAAUGAGUAAAUAUGGUGUACAGAGCAUGUCUCGGGAUAUGACUCAGCUGAACUCCAGCCACUUACUUGUUUUGUACAUUUGACAUGCUUGUUCAUAGCUGAAUAGUUGUUGGCCUGUGCUUCUUUUCAAACAAAA